AUGCACGGCAUCCUGGGCCGCAGGAUCUUGGAAUCUUCGUCGAACAGGGGUGGUAUGAUACGAAUUCGACCCGGGGAUGCUGACCGUGUUGUCGUUAAUGCUAAGUCCCGCGGCUUGGUCGAGUUCAAGCCACAGUUCCUUCGGAAGCGAAAGAUGCUGGUUUAUGUUAAUUUGUCGUCAGAGCAGCUUCUUAUGUUGCAAGACGCAUAUUGA